GUGCAUCAUCAUGCACUGGUUUUGUUCUUCCACAAACUUCUCUAAACCUUAACCUGUACUCUCGGAUGUUUCUCUCUCUACAUAUACAUCCAUGUCACUUUCUCUUUCUAUAUCUACAUUUUGUCUCCAUCUCUCUUUCUCUCAAAUGAAUACUUUCGGAACUCAAGAAUCAAUAAUUGGGAACAGCAUGAAGAGAUUCAGAAAAGGAGGUUACCUAAGUUCAAGCUCUCUGCUUUAAACUGGUUUUAACUCUAUCUACAAACUAGUUUUCAGUCAAUCUUCCACCAUUAUCUGCUCAAACACUAGUUCUACUUUCCCUCAAUGCCCCUCAUCAAACCUCACCACAGGGCCCUUCACCACCUUCCUUUGCUGUCCCAUUCUGUAAAUUCGCAAUUCUCGUCUCUCUCCUCGCCCCCCGACACCCUUUUGGUCGACAAAGCCAUCGCCAUCCUCAAACGCCACAACCCAAUUCACCUCAACUCUUUGUCUUCCCGUUUUACCCCUCAAUCAGCCUCCUAUCUACUCCUCCGAACCCAGUUCGACAAACCCUUAGCCCUAAAAUUCCUCAACUGGGCUAGACACCAUCAAUUCUUCAACCUCCAAUGUAAAUGCCUCACCCUCCACAUUCUCACUAGAUUUAAGCUCUUCAAGACCGCCCAGUCCAUCGCUGUGGAGGUAGCCGUGAAUUCCGAUGAUGCCACAGGCAAUUUAGUCUUUCAAUGCCUUAAAGACUCGUACCAAACUUGCAAUUCGAGCUCUUCGGUGUUUGAUUUGAUGGAAAAGAAUUUGGAGCCAAAUAUGAUUACUUAUAAUGUGAUCAUCUAUGGGCUGUGUCGAGAAGGGAGGAUGAAGGAGAUGACUGUGGUUUUUGAGGAGAUGAGGUGCAAGGGUUUUGUUCCAGAUGAGGUGACAUAUAAUACGCUUGUGAAUGGUUAUUGUAAAGUGGGUGAUUUUCACCAAGCACUUGUUUUGCAUGCGGAAAUGGUGAGGAAUGGUGUAUCUCCAAAUGUUGUGACUUAUACUUCAUUGAUAAAUAGUAUGUGUAAGGCAAGAAACUUGCAUCGAGCAAUGGAAUUCUUUGAGCAGAUACAUAUUAGGGGAUUACAUCCAAAUGAGAGAACUUAUACGACAUUGAUUGACGGCUUCUCGCAGCAGGGUUUUAUGGAUGAAGCUUAUCGAGUUUUGAAUGAAAUGACUCAGAGUGGCUUCGCACCUUCCAUUGUGACUUACAAUGCUCUAAUCAAUGGACACUGUCUAUUGGGUGGGAUGGAAGAUGCUUUAGGAGUGAUUCGUGAUAUGGUGGGUAAAGGGGUAGUCCCAGAUGUUGUAAGUUAUACUACAAUUAUAUCUGGGUUUUGUAGAAAUCAAGAUUUGGAUAAAGCAUUUGGAAUGAAGCAGGAGAUGGUCGAGAAGGGAGUUUCACCAGAUGUUGUUACUUAUUCAUCGCUGAUUCAAGGUCUUUGCGAACAGAGGAGACUGGAUGAAGCUUGUGAUCUUUUCCAAGAGAUGUGGAGAGUGGGUUUGCCACCUGAUAAAUGUACAUAUACUACCCUAAUGAAUGGUUAUUGUGUAGAAGGGGAUAUUAAUAGUGCUCUCCACCUGCAUGAUGAAAUGAUGAAUAAUGGUUUCUUUCCCGAUGUUGUUACCUAUAGUGUGCUAAUCAAUGGGCUUAGCAAACAAGCUCGGACUAGGGAGGCAAAGCAGCUCCUAAUGAAACUGUUUUACGAGGAAUCUGUCCCUAAUGAUGUCACUUAUGAUACACUCAUAGAAAAUUGUAGGAAUGUCGAAUUCAAGAGUGUUGUAGCUCUCAUGAAGGGAUUCUGUAUGAAAGGUUUGAUGAAUGAAGCAGAUCGAGUUUUUGAGUCAAUGCUUCAGAGAAACCACAAGCCUAGCGAAGCAGCUUAUAAUGUCAUUAUCCACGGUCAUUCCAGGGGUGGGAAUUUGCACAAAGCUUUUAAACUCUACAAAGAAAUGUUGCAUCAUGAAUUUGUCCCCCAUACUGUCACUGUUAUUGCUCUGAUUAAGGAGCUUUUCAAAGAAGGGAUGAGUGAGGAGGUGGGUGAAGUUAUUCGUUAUAUAUUGAAAAGCUGUAGGCUUACUGAUGCUGAGGUUGCGAAAGCCCUUGUUGAGAUCAACUACAAAGAAGGGAACAUGGAUGCAGUAUUUAAUGUUCUUACUGACAUGGCAAAGGAUGGUCUUCUCCCAAAUACUGGGAAAACUGCCUAUGCUAGGGGAUAACUAUGCCAUGGAUCACUUGUGUUUGUUAUCAAGGAUUGUGUGGCUUAUUCUCUAGCUGAAAUAAAAGUGCACACAAUGAAGCAAGUCGGUGAAGUCCACUGUUCCUUUGUUGUUUUAUUGGUCAUGUUUCUCUAGUUCUUCAAGGAACUGUGGGGAACCCCAAUUUCCUGAACAGGUUCAUUUCCCUCAAUGUUCUGCCGGAAUUCUUCUCAAUGCCUCUCUUGUAUGUCUCAAAUGGAAAAUGGAAAGUAUGGCCAAGCAAUGCAGUGAAGAAAAGCUGUGGAACACUUCCCCCGCAACAAUUUGAACUCUAGGUCAACGAUCUUCUACACAUAAAGGAAUGCUUGCUUCAAUAAGUGACGAGAACAUAUUCUAGCUUCUUGUCUGAGGAUUCUUUACUUUCCAUGUCAAUUUCUUCCUUUUCUGGCUUCUUGGUUCCAAUGUUUUGAAUGUCCAACUUAUUCUUACCUUGUUAUGAUUGAAGUUAUUCCUCCAGUGAUAGCAGUUUUACUGUUACAAAUCACCUCUGUCCUACUCCUACCCAUUUGGGGAUUGCCAAAUAUAUCGACAAAGUCAUCUUUUGGCUCCGAUGUUGUUGUUCUCUCUGAGGGUGGUGUGGAUGCAUAUGGAAUUCCAAUUUCUGCCUGUCAGCAUUCGAUUGUUUGCUGAAACCCCCUUGUGGCAUAGAGUGGUAUCGGCCAUUGGAGACGAAAGAUCUGCUGUAAUGUAACGAUAUGCAGUUUGAAAAUAUCUUUCGAGUUACAAAAAAUGUUAUGUAACCCCCUUUUUUCACAUCUAUUAUGCAAUGUUGGGGCUUAUCUCCAUUCUAUAU